CUGCUCAACUGGUAUACUAACCACAUCUGGGAAACCGUUAAGGGUAAGAAAGAGCAGAACAAACGAGCAGAGGCAAAGGCUGCGAGCAACAUCAUGGCAAUACUUUACCAAGUGCCAUUCCAGAUACCGAAGCAACCCAGUCGAUCCGAUGUCGCGGCUUACCAGCACUGGAAAGACGAGAUUUGGACGCUUGCCUUGGCCAUGGACUCCACCGUCAACGCGCGGCUGCACUCCUUCGACCAAAAGAAACCUACACACAAAGCGUCUUCGUUACGCGAGCGCUGGCGCCAGCUGCGUACCUCGCAUCCCGACGCAUACCGCACGCUUGGCGCCCAAUAUUUAGCGCUCAAAGCCAGUGGCACUGUUGUGGACACUUGUACGCCUGCAUCGCACCAAUGGGGGGCUUCGGAUCUGGCUUAG